AUGCCACGCCCAGGAUCGAGUGAAGUGACCUUCGAGCUGAGCGUGGAGGCCCCUCUGAAAGACGUGGAUGAGGAAAAGCUGAAGGUCCUAGCAAAAGAGCAGAAUGGAAGUUACGAAGAUACGAACGGUGAUGACCAGGUGGAAAAACUAAACGAUAUAUUACUAGGGUUGAAUUAUCACAAAAAAAACGUCACCAAUGUUACUCUCCUCACAUUAAUAAAAGAUGCAACGGUAAAUUUUGUGGCCAACUUGGAAGACGAACUAACCAACUACCUGCAGGAUGAGAAAAACGAAUUCAAUGAGCCGUAUGCGAAAAGUAUUAAACUGAAAAGGGGAAAAAUAUUGGGCAGUUACAAAAACAACACAAUGCUUAACAGCCACCUGAACAUAGACCUAGGAUUCGAAUACACUUUAAACAUUAAAUUGGGAAGGAAGUGCAAAUACAGGAACCUUCCUCAGUAUCAUAACCUGUUCCUUAUUGUAUUAAAGAAUUUUUUUUUCUCCAAAAAUUUUCUACACAAUUUAAACGAACAGAACUUAUCGCACAGUGUAGACAUUCGCGUGGGGGUGAAGACGUGGUUGAACAACUCCAAGUCGAUUCUGGUCCUCACCGUUUAUAAGAGGGAGAAGCACGUCGGGAAUAUCCACUUGAUUCUUUACCCCUCGAAGAAGGUCACCUCGAGUCUGCUACAGGUGUAUAGGAAGUGCUAUGCGGGCACACUGGAGAGGAACUCCAACCAGGUGGAGGAAAAAACGAAUGCGGGUGAGGCAAAGGGGAAAAAGAAAAAAAAUGCAAAAAAUGCGAAAAAUGGAAAGGGAGCAGAGAAGGGACUAGAAAAAGGAACCGGUGGAAAGACCAUCAAAGCGGGAGAAAAAACACAGGCAGAGGAAGAUCAGCUGAAAAAAAGAAUAAAAACGCUCUGCACGAAAAGAACCAUUUUAAAAAAAUUUAUUCUGACGGAGUGUCACCUGAUCGAGUGUGAUGAUUUAAUAAAAAGGAGUGUCACCAAUGUAGAUGCGUUCAGACAGGCUGUAAAAUUACUAAAGCUGUGGUGUCUGAAUAGGAGGUUACUGCAUACCUUCUCCACUUGUGAUGAAAGGAGUGAGGGAAAACUGAAGCAAGGAGAGAGUUGUAAAAUUGGAAACUUCUUCCACUAUACGGAUAUUAACUCGUUUACACUGGGACUGAUCUGUAGCUACGUCUGUCAUGAACAGAAACUGGAGAGGUCCGACGCCUUCCUCAUUUUUAAGAAAACGAUAAGUUUCUUAAGCAGCAUGGAUUUAUGUAACCACGUGUAUGAAUAUCGGAACGGAAUGUUUACCUCUUCGGAGCGGGACAAGGGGAACUGCUCAUCAGGAGAAACGCCAACACAGGGACCACACCUCUUCCUGAUCAACGGAUUGUAUGACCCGUUUCAGUCCAUUUUUUGCUCCCUCACUGAGCUGAUUGAGGAAGCGAAGAAGGCAGAGUAUUCCCUGCGUUGCGGCAAAUUAUACGACGUGUUGGCAUCGAAUUAUGAUUGCUUUUCCGUGAAUUAUGAGGAGCAGUUGUUCUUCCCCCUGUUGGUAAGCAACUACCUACACAACUACAACGAGGUGGUAAUUACCCUGCGGCGAAAUUUGGUGCGUGGCUUGGCUGACCGUUUGGGUGAGGUGGCCGUCCGUCUGGUGCGUUUUUGCCUUCACGAGGGGGACACACCUGGAGAAGUGCAGGAAGUGGGUGAAGAGAACAGAUCCAACGGAGUCGGUGUAACGGGUGAAGAGGAUGGUCACACCAUUAUUUCGGGCAACCUCCAGCAGAGCCUCUUCCAGGACGUGCUGCUCACGUGCAAGCGGCGCAGAGCAGAAGCCACCGACCCGUCAGGUGCAGAACAGAAGGAUGCAUCGAAGAACGGAUCGAAGAAGAUCCUUUUGACUAGGAAAACCCUAGUAGGGGUGACCUUCUUCCUGAAGACGAACAACGUCAUGAGGGUGAUGGAUAUUUCCAAGGAGCUUUACACCCCCGAAGGGACCUCCGUUUUUAAACAUUUCUGGGGCGAUAAGGUAACCAUUAGGAGGUUCGAAAACAACACCAUUUUUGAGGUGGUGCAGUGGAAGAAGCCCGGCAUGACAAUGGUUAGGAAGAAGAGGAACUUCACAAGCAGCCAACAUGAUGGUACUGAGAGCGAGGAGGAGGACCACCACGUGGGUAACCCCUUUUUUGAAAUCCUAUUCAGCCAGCUCUACGAGGGAAAAGCCCCCUCAGUGCACGUGCAGGCGGUCAAAUGCAUCCUACGCAUGAUGAGGUUUAAUGAAGCAGCCACUAUGCAGGAGGGAUUGUAUGAAAGGAUGGAUUCCCUAAAGAGGGAUGACGCAAUUCACCUAUACAGUGGAAAGAGAGUGAAAAAAAAAACCUUCUUCGUAUACCUUACUUCCCCCUUGUUGUUGAAGGAUGCCCAUUUUAGCUACUACGAAAACGUUAGCGAUUUAUACAACGAAGUGAAGAAUGUCCUAUACAGUCUGAGUGAGAAGCUUUUCACCGUGUGUAACGUGAGUAGCUCAAACGACCUGCUUAAAAUGACCGAUCUGGGGUAUAAGAGGAACCAAAAAAAAGUCAUAGACGUUGUUGUAGACAUAAAGUUCAACAGUGUUAACUAUAAGAAUGCGCAGAAUUUUUUUCGUAUUUAUGAAAAUGCCAAAGGGAUAAUUUGCAAUAAGUUAUCCUCUGAGGGGAAGAAUUUUUUCGCAAAAGUGGAGAACAAAAACUUCUGUCUUGAUGUGUCGUCCAAGCUGGUCGUAUUUAGAUUACACAUUUUUGUCAGUAAAGUAAUAGAGAGGAAUCUCAUCCAAGUGACAAACCUGGACGAUGUAAGAAUUGAGCAGGUAGAUCAUAUGAAGAAAAUAAAAAACUAUAUUUUCAGACCGUUGGUUUCUUCCUUCGUUUAUUUUUACGCAACGAAAUUUUCUUCCUUCCAUUUAUCGGUGAAGAUAUGUAAGCUGUGGUUCAUGGGGAAGGGUAUUUCAUGCUGUGAUGACUUGGUCGAGAACGUUCUUUUUUACCUGUACACGGAGGAAUUUAGAAAACACGCUAGGAAGAAUGCCUUCCUUUUGCAGAAAGGCCUACCUGGAAGUAACACCCCAAAUGCGUUGUUCAUGCGGUGGAGUCGCCUUUACAGGAGAAUGACCCACACGGAAAAGGCGGAAGAGCGUCUCUAUUAUCGUUCCCUCUGUGAGAGGGAGAAACUCCCCCUGGAGGGAAGCCCCCUUGGUGUCACCAGCGCAAGUGACAGUGGGGAGGAUGACCCUCUUGUUGUCAUUGCUCCUGCACAGAAGGGCUCCACGGACAUGAGGAAGGAAAGCCCCAAAGCGACUGUCUACCCUACUAAGGGAAAAAAGGGAAACAACAGCCUACAUCAGGUAGGCAAAUCGAAGAAGGAAGACGCCUGCUCAGGAACAGCAGCGGCAGACAAUUUGGGUGACCCCAUCGAUACGACAGACGGAGGAGACGAAUUCUUGGACUCCUUUUCCAUAUGUCCCAAAACGGCACUAACGAAAUUUCUGUCCUUCCUGGUCAGCUACGAUUGGCAGAACAAACCGCUAAUAAUGGACUACGAUAACUGCCUCAAGGAGGAACAUAAAGUGAAGCUCAUAAACUCCUUCCAUGCGAGAAAAAAAAACAAAGAAGUGAAAAAAAACUUCUGGAUUUGUUCACUCUACGAUCCGCACUGUCUGCUCAUCAGUCUGCCUCACCAGUUAUUCGACUUAAUUCUUGCAGAGGCGAACAAGUCCCUCGAAAUGGUGAAAAAACUGGAAGUCAAUUUUGAGAGGGAAAAUUGGAUAUCCCUUUUUCUCAUGGAGAGAAGGAACUACGAUGUGGUUUUGAAUUUCCACCGUCCGGAGAAGUCCCUAAGUUUGCUAAAGCAGAAGGUUAAAGUUGCGGAGGAGUCGGCAGGUGUUAUUGAAGAAGACACACCAACGGGGGGAGUUCUGCCUAGCUCGAACCCACCCAGCAAGAAGAAGAAGCAGCAAAAGGAACAAGCGCAAGAAUCGAACCAGAAGGAGGAAGACAUGGAAGAUGCGAAGGAAAGCGAAAACAUAGCAACCGCAGCAAAUCAUAAAAAAGCAACGACUGAAAACAACACGCAAACACUGAACCAGAUGUACCGAAUGGACGAGGCGUACGAUCUGUCCUACCUAGACGACGUCAGCAAAAUGAAGGCAACAAAAGUUUGUGAUAUGCUGAAGGGGUUGCAGAAGUAUGAGUUGCUUCUUGUGUAUAAAAGCUACUUCGAUCAUUUUAUAAAAAACGUGGAGAAGAAAUUCUCAUGUCAGAUAACGGUGCUGUAUAACCCCCUGUGCUUUAACGAAAUUAUGGACAUUCAAUGGUUCCGAAAAAAAAUAAAACGAAAACUUCGUAAGGCACCAGAACAAUAUGAAAAGGUAAGCAUGUCCUGGAGACCAAACGUAUUCAUCACAUUUAACCCCGCCUUCAUCAGUAACGUCGUCCAGAGUGACGUACCUGUGGAGGUGAACCAAGACACAGGGGAAGCAGAUCCAGGAAAAACUACAAACAGUUCUGAAGGCCUCCCCAGCGCAGUAAAUUCCUCUCUUGCGCUCAGUAACUUUAACGCCUUAAUUCUCUACAUAAAGAGUAACGCCUGGGAUUUGCUUCGUGGGGUUCACUUCCCCACUGUGUGA